AUGGCGUCAGCCUCAAAGCCACCGGCCGAUGUCCCCAAGAUAAGGAAAAAAGGACUUUCGGUUGCCUGCCCCAUCGCGUACGGGUCUUUAGCUUUUCUGCUGGAGCGGAAGAAGCAGAGCGAGUUUGUGACACACAAAUGGACUCUGUUCGUGCGAGGGCCGAAUGGCGAGGACAUCUCGUACUUCGUGUCCAAGGUGGUGUUCACGCUGCAUCCUAGCUUCGCCGAAGCUACCCGAGAGAUCACGUCACCACCGUUUGAGGUUACGGAGAUGGGGUGGGGCGAGUUCGAGGCUAAGAUGACGAUGCACUUCAAGGAUCCCAACGAGAAGCCGGUGGACGUGUUGCAUCAGCUGAGGCUGUACCACGACCCCGCGACGGGCACGACUCAGCCCAAGAAGGCGGUGGUGGCGGAGUUCUACGACGAGGUGGUGUUCACCGACCCGUACGAGGAAUUCUACAACACCCUGAUGCAGGGCCAGAAGCUGCUGCCCCAGAGAAAGCACGAGCACCAGGAGCACUUCUCGACGUUUUCUGACGGCGACACCCUGCAACGCUUGGCGGCGGCGAGAGAGUGGGUCCACAACCAGCUGCGAGAAACCAAGGACAGGAUUCGCAAGGCGGAUAUGGACAUGGCCCAGCUCAAGGCCAGCGCUACGGCAAGCUCGGGCAGGGGUCUUGGUCGAGGUAGCACCGCACAAACAUCACAAACAUCACAAGUACGGCGGUGAUGAUGAUGAUGAUGAUGAUGAUGCUGCUGCUGCUGGUGUCGACAAAUAAAGCUGAAUUGUGAAUAGAUUGGUUAGGUUAGAGUUUGUGUUUGACUCGGGGUUGGUGCUGGCUCUGUGCUCUGUGCUCUGUGCAAGAAAGCUAUGGAUGGAAACCGGGACGUUUCGCGUUCUGUGGGACAGUGGUUUGGCACAUGGUACCAGAUUUCGACGUGCCGCCAGUCUCCCCAGUCUUACUUGUUUUUUUUUUUUCAUUUUUGUGCAUGACAAGAAAAAAAGAGUUUCCAAAUUACAUGUAUUAGGCUAGUCUACAGACAUUGCCCGACACGAGAGCAAACAUUGGGUCGAGUGUGUACCACGUGUUUUCAUGGUAAUUUUCUGCUGCUGCUGAAA